GAUCCACAACAGGAAAUGACUCGGCACCAGCACGCAAUCUUUCAACUAAACCGACAUUUUCUGCUCCACUUGUUGUCAGUUGGACUUCUUGCUCUCUGUAUCUAUCCAUCCAUCCACCCUGUCUGCCUCUGUCCCACAUCUCUGCCUGGCUGAGUGGGAACUACUUUAACAUUUCAUGGCUUUGGAAGUGACCAUAGUAUUCUUGGAAGAAUUCUUAGGAUAUAAUUCUGUCAGAAGGAGGAAUUCCCACCAGGUGACUUGCCCCCUGCUGUAGCGACCAGGCCAGGGGAGAGGAGGAGUUGUGGAUCCAGGAGCGGACCAUGGAGCAGUGUGAAACUGCUGCGAGCCCCAGCAUAGAUCACCCAUGGAAGGCAGCGACAAUAAUGAGGAAGGCCUGGAUCCAGAGCAGAGACUCCUGGCAGGGCCUCUCUGAGAGCCAGGACACCCAGGAUCAGGAGGGUUGCAGCGAGAAGACACUGUGUCCAGAUCCCACUAUGGAGGAGAAGACGGCCCCGGCCGAGGAGCCUGGGCCCGUCCCUAAGAAGAUUGCGAGCUGGCUCAAGGACUGCAGGACUCCUCUUGGGGCCUCUCUGGAUGAACAGAGCAGCACUCAGUCAAAGGGACUGCUAAAGAAUGGCUGCAGCUUUGAAGACUACUUUUCUCUGGGAGCUGAGGCAAACCACCUUCAGCCCAACAGUGCCAAAGCAGAGACACCCUGCUAUGGGAUAUGUGCAAAGGACAAGAGGAGCCAGUUCCUACAGAACAGGAGUAUGAACUCAAUAGGCUCAGGGAAGAGCAGCACCAGUGUAUCCAGUGUGUCUGAGUUGUUGGACCUAUAUGAAGAGGAUCCAGAAGAGAUCCUGUAUAACCUGGGGUUUGGCCAGGAGGAGCUGGAUAUCGCCUCAAAGAUCCCCUUGCGCUUCUUUAACAGCCCCUCUUGUGCUAAGGGCAUCGAUCUCAAGAUGUACCUGGAAGCACAGCUACAACGCACAGAGAUGGAAAAACCCAACUAUGCCCUGACAAGUCGUUUCCGUCAGAUCGCGGUCCUGACCACAGUGGCCAACGAAUUAUUCCAUCUCUACUCCCAGGUGUCGGGGCAGCCCGUCCAAAAGAUCUGCAGCCUGGAUGGGGAACCCCUUACCAUCGUCACUCCUUCUCCUCUGACGAGGAACAACUCAGCCCUGAACGCAGCCAAGAUCCUGAAGAAGACCAUCACCAAGCAUAACCUGUUGGGUGGGGCAGCAGAGGAAGUCUCUCAUAGCCCCACAGCCCUGUCUACUACCACAGAGAAACAAGCAGACCAAUUGAGUCCAGGUACAGGGGACAGCGCCAUCACUACUGACUCCGGCCACAAGGGGGAGCUCAAGCAGAAGGCCUUCAUGAAGAAGGAAUCUACUUCUCUGGCGAUGUUGACUGAGGACAGCCACUCUAGAGGCAGCGCUGAAGCCCCCCUGAGCAUCAACGGACACCACGCUGGAGUGAAUGGAGACAGUCCUAAGCUAAAUGGAAAUGGCCUGGCGUUGACAGGAAGUGGAGAAAAUCACAUUUCGUUCACUGUCAGUGUUGUCCCUGAGGAGGCCCAGGAGGGUGACCUGAGCCUGUGCAGCGAGGCUGACCUGGAGAAAGAGCACCAGGAAAUACAUCAGAAGGGCCAGAGGACCAUCCAAUCAACCACAGACGAGGAACCUAACUACAGCCUGAUGCACAACGCUCACAUCACCCACCACCACACGCAGGCCAAGGAUUCCUUUGAGAUGGAAGAGGUCCAGAGUAAUAAGAAUGAAGCUCUACUUGGAACUUGCAGCCCCUCUAGAUCAGGCAGUGAACAACUGAGAACAACCAGCCAGCAGUCAGACAGUAGUGGUUUUGCAGAGGGCCCCUCUACUGAUGGCUCAGCUAACAAUUUAAAGAUACAGGAGAGUGCUGACAGCUGUGACUGUGCGACCAUGCUGAUGUCCUAUGCUGGGGAGGUGACCACUCCUCUAGCCCUUGAACACCCUGCCUUUGAGAGGCUGCAGUUUAAGGAGGAACAGGAGGAGGAGGAUGUGCAGAUACCCUCUGUCCUACAGAAACACCUUGAGGAGGACGGGAGGGGGAGCAAGAGCCCUAUUGGGGAGGAAGAGCAGCGGCAGGAGGUGCCACAGUACACCUUCCACCAGUUACCUAAACCAGAAGAUAGAGGAGUGGCCCAAGACUCGGAGCAGGACCAGCAGCAUAGCACUGCUGAGGAAGCUGCUUCUUAUCCUGCCUCUGAGACUCCUCAGUCAACUCCUGAGACUUGCCAUACUGUUGAGGCUGAUCCUGACACGGCUACAGUGCCUGGUCCUACAGAAGACCAUGGCUCCAUCCUGACCCCUGACUGCAGCUCCUCUGGUGCCCCAGCCAGGGAGGGUGUGACUGACAGGGUGGAGAUGGAUGCCAGGCUCUCCAGCCCUAGACCCAGCUGCCCCAUCUUCAGUACCUCACCCAGGGUCCACGGAGCCCUCUACAGGGACCAGCAGAGGGCCUUGUCCCCAGGCCUCCAGGGACCCUGCAUGGAGGGGAAGGUGAGGGAUCUGUUCAGGAGAAGAGUCCCCCUGACGAGGUCCCGAUCCCUGCCUACCUCCCUCAGCCCCUCCUGUGCGGUCUCCUCUGUCAGGAUCCAGUUUGGCCAGGGGACAGUCAGGCACUGCACUCGGACGGUCUUUUCCUACCGAUACACCCCAGAAGUGGAGGAGGAGGAGGAGGAGGUGCAGGUGGAGGUGCAGGUGGAGGAGGAGGUGCAGGUGGAGGAGGAGGUGCAGGUGGAGGAGGAGGUGCAGGUGGAGGAGGAGGUGCAGGUGGAGGAGGAGGUGCAGGUGGAGGAGGAGGUGCAGGAGGAGGCGGAGGUGGAGGAGGAUGUGCAGGUGGAGCUGGAGGUGGGGUCCAUUGUGGAAGAGGAGGUUCCGGAGGAGGAGUUUCAGAGCAGAGGCAGCUUUUGCUCUAUCUUAAUUAUCAACAGAGAGGCCGAGCCAUCUCAUGGCCCCGGACUACAGAGAGAUGGGGAGCUGAGAAAGCUUCAAGGCAGACUUCCCCCUUCCCCCCUCGCCAUCCCCCACCACCUGACCCUCUCAACCAUCUCACUGCACAGCCACAGCCCCCCUCCUGAGUGGGGAGAGAGACCUCUGGUGGAGCACCACCGUGCCUGGAGCACCUGUAGCGUACCUAACCUUACCCAACGUAACCUGGCACAGCAUAACCACCCUAACCUGAACCACUUCAAUAACCCUAACCUCACUCAGCACAGCAACCCUAACUUAAACCUCACCCAGCACAGCAGCCCUAACUUAAACCUCACCCAGCACAGCAACCCUAACUUAAACCUCACCCAGCACAGCAACCCUAACUUAAAUCUCAACCAGCACAGCAACCCAGAUUUCAACCUCACCCAGCACAGCAAACCUAACCUGGCGCACUUCAAUUACCCUAACCUCACCCAACACAGCAACCCUAACUCUACCCUCACACAACACAACCUAGCCCAACACAAUAACCCCAACCUCCCACAGCACACAGUCCCCAACCUACCCCAUCAUAUGGCCCCUAACCAUCCUUACCAGAGUCCUCCUUACACUAACAACAUGGGCAGCACCCUUCCACACAACUUCCCGCACAGCACACACUACCCCUUUUCCCCGUACAGCUCCCCCUAUAAUACCCCGCCCCAUAGCGACCCUUUCAGUUCACCUUACUAUAACUACCACGGUAACCCAUAUAGUGGGUCCUACAGCUACCUUCAUAGCAACAAUCAUUAUACUGCCCAUAGCGCUUACUCUAACCCAUCACACACACCUUCCAAACUGCCUCCACAUAUCUCUACUGCGCCCUAUGGAGAACCAUACAGUACUCCAUUCCCUGGCCACCAUCAUCUGUUUCCUUACCCCCAUGGAGUUGACCCUAUGGGGGCAGCCCCUAAUUCCCACCUUCCACCAGCCCUGUCUACCACUGAGAUGCAGCUAAGACGGGUCCUUCAUGACAUCAGAGGAAGUGUACAGAACUUGGCUCAGAAUUCAUCAGAAUGCAGAGCAGACGUUUUCAAUCGUCAGAGAUCUGCCCAGCCACUGUUUGAGACCUCUCUCCAGAAGGAGCUGCAGGCUAAGAGGAGGAGUCUGAAUGUGUUCCGGACACAGAUGAUGGAUCUGGAAGUGUCCCUGAUGAAACAACAGGCGUCAGUCUACCAGCACCUCAGUCACGACGAGAGGCAGGAGGCGGAGCAGCUGCAGGGCCUGCGGUCAGCAGUGAGACAGGAGCUGAAGGAACUAGAGCUCCAGCUAGAGGAUCGGCUGCUGACCUUGAACGAACAGCUCCGCUCUGCCAGCCACCACAGUCUCUACCGCCACCGCAUGAGCGGUCACAGCAUGUACAGCCUGUCUAACAGUUCUGCUCUGAGAGCUAUGGAGCCGAUGUUGAACCUGCUGAUGGAACCGCUGUACCUGCAGACAGAGCUGGGCUACGAGGGUGGGGCAGAGAGCAGACCAAGCAUGGCACACACGCCGCGCUCAGGCCGCUCCUCCAGGUCAGCCAGUCCAAUGAGGUCCACCGGAUGUCACCCAGACCCCUACCACACCCCAGAGCUGCCCCUCCCUGGUCCCCAGAAGACAGAGGUGUAUCGAGCCUCCAUCUCCCUCACCCCAGCCCCCCCUCCACGGCCUGGUGCCUCCACAGGGUUCUCCCAGGGCCAGAUCAGUCCUCUAGAGGCCCAGGACCAUGCCAUAGACCAGGCACUGACAGGAGAGCAACAUUCAGAGGAUCGAGCGCAAGGAGAGGAAGAGGGCAGAGGAGGAAGAGGGGCAGCUGUAGACCCUCACCUGCUAGAGGAGAGGGGUAGGGAGGGAGGAAGAGGAGGAAGAUUAGUUGUAGGAAGGGCAAACAACCCCCAGCUACAGCAGCUCAUCAAGGAGAUCAAAGAGAGCCUUGCUGAUGAGAUCCGACAGGAGAUAGCCAGUGAGCUCCUGGCGGCCGUAUCUCCACGACGAUCACCUGUGUUGGCCAGAGAAUACCCCCUGUUAGACUGUUGACAGGUCCUACAUCUGAGUUGAAGAUAAGCACUGGUAAAGUCUACCCAUUCUACUCAACCUGAACACUGGUGAAGCCAUACACUGAACAGCCCAACAACCUUUUUACCACUGUUUCUACUAUUUCCAGAGAGUCUGAUGAUGGCAUAUACCUUAACACUGUGUUUUCAACCAUAUAGGUAGAGUUUUUUAUUUCGAUGGUUUCUUCUCCUCGGUAGUCUGCUGACUGACAGAUAAUCUGGGGCCUCAUUUAUAACCGUUGCGUAAAUUUCACACUAAAUAUCUGAAUAUCUGCAUGUGCCAUUUCUGAAAAGACUGCUAACAUACAAAAAUUGAGAUUUAUAAACUUGGCAUACGUAUGUUUACUGUUAUAAAUCACACCCGUCCUGAAACUGUGAGUGAAAGAGCAUCAGUACUCUGUCUGAAAAACGCCCAUCUACCUUUUAUGGUGACAAAAACGCCCUUAUUCGCUGUAUACUUUCGAAGUAUUUGAGCAGUCGUUACUUUACGGUAAAUUCUAGGAUCAGUAAGUUCCCAGAGUGACUUUUCUCCAAUUCCAUCUCUGGUUGUUGGUGACAUUGUUAUUAUGUUAUGAUAUGAUCCUGACGUUGUGUAUGGGUUGUAUUUAAGCUCUUAGAUGUGGAUCAGGGUGCAUCUCUUGUCCUAAAGGUGAAAAAUAGAGUUAGAAGAUGAUUAUGGUUGUAUGGGAAUUUAGUGUCAGCUGUAAAUUACCAUGCCCUCUUCUUCUAAUGCCAUCUCUAUGAGGAACUAAUCAGACCUGGUUUCAAAUACUAUUUGAAGUCUUUUAAAUACUUUGAUUGUUUGCUCAGCUUGCCUGUAGUGCCAGAUGGGCAGGGUUUACCGUUUUGGGACUAAUGGCUCAUUAAGCCAGGCAAGUUCAGAUAAAGUAUUUGAACCCAGGUCUGGAACUAACUAUGCAAUACAUUUCACUGUCUCUGAACUUGAAAAUAUCAUUAGUAGAAAGACUAUAUCGAGCUCUAUCAGACAAGAUACUGUUAAUUCUACUGUGUUUCUACUCUCCAGUUCAGGCCACCUGUCUGUCUCUAUUACCCCUUUAAAGAAAAUAUCUCAGGACAAAUACAUUUAGUGGUUUUUAAUAAGAAAUACAGGUAUGAAUUUUUGUUUGUUUUUAAUGUGAGACACUAACAAAAACGCGCAUCUGGGUCGUAUUCAUUAGGCAACAGAGGAAAAUUUAUUGGAUCGUGCAGGGACUAAAUUUGAUUUGAUUUGGACUUACUUUCUGUAGAAUCUUUAAAAAUAAUGUUUUCAAUUGUUACCCUAAUGAACACAACCCAGGACAAUGGUGUGAAAUGAGUAUAAUGCAUACAUUUAAGUGGUGCUUUUUAAAAGCAGUAGUUGAUGCAACCCAAUUAAACUUGUUGUUUCCGGUUUGGACAAAUUAUGUACAUAAUUUGUUAAAAUAUUGAAUGCAAAAGGGACUAAUUUGGUGGAAUAACCCACUUACUACAUAGCUGUAGAUGAUCUGUACUUACCUGUAGCUUACUUGUACUUACUAAUGGUCAAGCACAGACGAACAUGCAACGUCUCUUUUCCCCUAUAUGCUGAACUGUGCAUCACCCCUGAGGUGGCACCAAGCCGCUUGUCCGACCCGCUCCACACCUCCAGCCCCUGCCUCUAAUUCUCUGGCAUUUCCUCCAGAGGUAUUAGGUGUUCCUAGGUCGUACGUGUUUAGAGGCACAGAAUGAUCCCUGAGCAUAAAUGGGCACCAUUGACAGCAAGGUGAAAACACACUGGUUGCGUCUCAAAUGGCAUCCUAUUCCCAUGAUAGUGCACUACUUUUAACCAGGGUCUAAAGUAGUGCAGUAGGGAAUAAAGUGCCAUUUGAGAUGCAGAACCGCCCCAACCAUGGGCACUGGGACUGUGGGCCUGUUUGUGUGCCACUCAGUUUGACUUGGUGUGGUGUUAAUAACAGGUCUGUGUUGCUGAGGUUAUUACUUUUCUCUUAAGCGCUCCUUUAUAUUGUUUAUUAUGGUUUCUCUGUGUACAGCACGUUGACACAUUGUGAACAUUACAUCAGCAUACUGUGUUUUGUCUUCUCAUUCUAGCUUGGAUCAUCUGCCGUUCCUAGACAGAUGCCAGACACAGAGAAAUGGGUCAUUUAUGGUUAUUUAUGGUUCAUCAAAGUCCUCAUUGAGGACUGCAAUUCAGAAUGUUGUUGUUUUGCCACUUCACUUAAAUUGAAGUUUUGGUCAGUCCUUGCAGACUACUACAUCAUCCACAAAUAAACAUGUUAUUUAUUUGUAUGUAUUUGAACAUUGUGGUUACAUUAAUGAUGAAUGAAAUCAAAUAAAUCUUAUUCAUG